UAUUACUCAUCAGUCACAGUUCCGCAGAUUGUGUUUCAAGUGUUAGGAAUCUCCCGAGUCACCCUCGAAGCGUUUAUGUCACUGGUGCGUGUGGGUCCAUCUGUCUGCCAUCAGUGUAGAGGCAGCCUACCUGCCGAGCAAGAAGAGCGAGGACACAGAGACCUGGACCUGGUCCUUGCAUGACAGGAGUGUGAAGCGGUGAAAAGUGACUGCCAAAAGAUGUCACACCAAACUGGAAUUAACGCAACCUCUGAGCUGAAAGAGUUUCUGGCCCGAGCGAGGGGAGGUGCCAUCAGAAUAAUGAAGAUAGUCAUAAGGAAUGAGGAGCUGGUGCUAGAUUUAUACAGAGAGCCAGCGCAGAGCUGGGACAAGGACUACGAUCAGUUCCUGCUUCCUCUGCUCACGCCUCAGGAACCCUGCUACAUCCUGUACCGUCUGGACUCCAGGAACGCACAAGGAUACGAGUGGAUCUUCAUCGCCUGGUCACCUGACCAAUCACCAGUGAGACUGAAGAUGGUGUACGCAGCCACCCGUGCCACACUGAAGAAGGAGUUUGGAGGAGGUCACAUUAAAGAUGAAAUGUUUGGCACAGUGGAGGAUGACCUGUGCUUCCAGGGAUACCUGCGGCACAUGUCCUCCUGCUCCUCCCCAGCUCCACUCACAGCUGCUGAGCAGGAAUUACAACGAAUCAAAGUCACAGAGGAGAAGGUUGUAUGGGAUGAACGCAGACGAAUUGGGACUCCAACAGCACGUGCAAGGGUUACAAUGGAGUUUGGCAUAGACAAAAGGGCACAGACUCUUCAAGGUCUUGCAUUCCCUUUACAAGAAGAGGCCAAACGAGCUCUGCAGCAACUCAAGCAGAGACGCAUCAACUACAUACAGCUACGGCUGGAUGUAGAGAAAGAGACCAUUGAGCUGGUUCACACCAAACCUACAGAGACCCAUGAGCUUCCCUACAGGAUUCCUACAGAUUCCCCCAGAUACCACUUCUUCAUCUUCAGACAUUCCCACCAGGGCCAGCGGCAGGAGGCACUGGUAUUCAUAUAUUCGAUGCCUGGGUACACCUGUAGUAUCAAGGAACGGAUGUUGUAUUCCAGCUGUAAGAAUAGGCUACUGGAUGAGGUAGAGAGAGACUACCAGCUGGAGGUCACCAAAAAGAUGGAGAUAGACAACGGUGACGGCCUGACAGAAGACUUUCUGUACGAGGAGGUCCACCCGAUGGAGCACACCUUAAAGCAGGCCUUCGCCAAGCCCCGCGGACCAGGAGGGAAGAGGGGCAAUAAACGCCUCAUCAAGGGUGAAGGGGAGAAUGGGGAAGACAGUUAGGCAUGCACGCACGUGAGACAUUAUACACAAGUACACAAGCAAACGACACGAUAUCUAUGAAUUGACUUGUUAUUUGACUGUUUAGCUUCUAGCCAUUUCUUCUUUUUACUUUGGCAUACUGCACAUUUCACACUGAAAAAAGGAACAAAUAGAUCCAUCAUAAAGCAGAUUUCAUAUCCAUUUUCCUGCGGCAAAAGAAAUUUUCUAAAUAUAAACAUUUUUCUGAAAGUGUUCAGAUUCUAAAUUCCCUGAAAAGUAGACUGCUUUGUUCACAAGAGCACUGUUGGUAGGUUGAGUGUAACUAUCUUAUGGUUCAUUCAAAUAAAAUGUCAUUGUACAUGAAAACAUUUUAAAUUCAUGAUUAAGUGUCAGUAUUUUGAGGUAGGCCUACUGCAGAUAAUUAUAAUGUACACUGUUUACUCAGUGUGUCAGUCGGUACAAACUAUUGUCUAGCCAAAUGUUUUUUCAAACAUACAGAACGUUUUUGUUUUUCAUUUUUUCAUUUGCUGUGGAGAUCCAAAGCUUUUCAUAGAUACCAAAUAUGUAAGGCUGAACUUUGGGGGAAAGUGUAUAAAAUGAUGCACAAAACAUUUAGAAUAUUUCCAUUUCAUCUAAUGGUGAAAAACAGUCUAAGAGUGUAAGGUUUGAAUAUGACUCUGUAAACAUGAAUAUAGUUUCAAAAAAGAGUUUGAACAAGCUGAUACACAAUGAAUAUGAUACUGUCUGUCUGACAGUGUGGAAUAUGACAUUUGGGUCUUGCUGAGAGUUACCACUCUCAUGUCUGCAUGUUAAAUAUGAAGCUACAGCCAGCAGGUGAUUAGCUUGGCUUAGCUUAGCAUAAAGACUGGAAACAGGGGCAAACAGUUAGCUUUGUCCAAAGGUAACAAAAUCAACCUACCAGCAACUCUAAAGCUCACAGAUUAACACAUUCUCAUUUGUUCAAUCCAUACAAGUGUGAAAACAACAACUUAAAGUGUUAUGGGUGUUUAUGAGCCAGACACCUUUUCGGCUGGAGGCAGUGAAUUCCUUGUGUUUGUUCGUCACUGAGGUUGCCAGGCAGCCAGCGGGAUAGUUCGGAUAAAAACUGGAUUUUAAAGGCUUAAAAUGUUUUUUAUAUUUCUGUUAAGUUGAGGGUAACUUUUCCAAUCUGAUUUGCCUUUUUAUGUAUGUGCACUCCACUUAAGGAAAUUAUUGUAGCUGCUUAAUUUCUUUUGAUCGCUUCACUAAUGUUGAUCCAGCUUUUUUAUAGCCAUUUGGGAAAUGGCUAUGAAAUUCCUGCUUUGGGAUUGAUUCUCCUUUACAUUGCUUAGGUAUGGGCAGCCUAUGCUGUGCCCAUGGUUCCCUCUUCAACACAUGCAAAUUCAUCCACAUCACAUGUACAGUUGCCUUCUUUAGUCACCUAAGCAGGGUUUGACUAUACUCAACUGAAGGCUGUUGUUUUACAUGACCUACA